GACAACGCAAGUGUCCAGCAGCAGCAACAGUAGAACUCUCUCAAUUUCUUCCUUUGGCGGGGAAAGCUUUUCCAAGUUCUAGGAAGAUUUCCUCCGGUGAUCAAGAACGUUAGUCUGAGUUUGCUUCGUUUUGUUUGUAAAGUGAGGUGUUUUAGGCGAAGUGAGAACAGUUUUUUGUUACCGUUCGUUCUAGAAACUAAAGUGAUUGAUUUGUAACUUUUCAUUGCUGCAUCGGUUUAGUGUCAUUAGAAGGAACACUACAGUGGGUGACCAAAAUGAAGACAUUAUUACUGUUUGUGGUGACGAGUUUGUGGCACAUUUUCAGUGUCACCGGUGCCCCGUUCAAUUCGUACGAUACCGUGGACGAAAUGUUGGUUCCCGAGUCGAAGGUGAUCGAUUUCGAUAACCUGACCGAGAGCGAACGGGUCGAUCUGAUGCAGAAUCAGAUAAACAUAACGGCGGUCAAAUUGCAGCAGCAGCUUCUACGCGCGGCUGCCGCUAAAAAGAACAUGCAACGCGCCGGGGCACCGAUGGCCAUCAAGCAGAGUGCCACCGAGUCGAACAUCUCCAGCCACGUGCAGAAUCGCAAGGACAUCGAGAAGCACAUAAUCGGCCACAUCAAACAGAACAUUGAAUCGAAUUUGAUGCGAAAUGACACGUUCGGGAAUGUGGGUGCCACUCACGAAAUGGCAUUUUCCGCUGUGUGCGACUUACCGAAGCAUACCAAUCAGAGCUUCUGGGACGACGAGUAUACCUGGAAUCUUUUCUUUCGUCUCCCUCAUAGCAAACCUUACACUUCGGUCAGUUCGGCAAUUUUAAGAUUGUACAUGAAUGGAGGUAGCAAUUCAACGGAGGGAUGGAGUCGUCGUGAGUCCGAUAACUGUAAGGAUCCUGCCGAGCAGAUGAUUCGCGUAACCGCGUCCGUGUACUGGCGAAAGAAAAGCAAAGACAAUUCGAUUACAGAACGCAAGAAACGCAUCUGCAGUAGCAUUACCAUUACCCGAAACUUCCGUGGAUGGAUCACUUUGGACACUCUGCUGGCGGUCAAACUGUGGGACAAGCCUAACCGCAAUUUCGGCAUCGCCAUCGAUGUCCAGGAUCAAGAUGACAAUACCCUUCCGGCUGCUCGAUUUUUCCAGCCGACCGACUGCUCCGAGGCAAGUAAAUCAAACGCAACAGCAACCGUACUUCCAUGGAACUUUUUCCGAAACUCACUCGCAUGGUCCUCUGAUGAAAUGGACGAUGUGCCACACGUCCCCCGCAUAGACGUCACCAUGCACAAGACUUUUGCGCAGCAUCACUACUUCACCAGCAGCCACCACUCGCACCAUCGUCUAUUCCGCCCGAAACAUCACUACGGAGGAGCCAGCUACAAUGUCCGCUAUCGGCUGGAUGGUGCACCGACCGGUCCCUCAUCUUCGUCCACUGCAUCCGGAAACUCGUACGAAACCGAAGAAGUUGAAAUCAAGCAACACCCGUCGGUACACUCGCACCACUCACUGACCAAACCGCACAAGAAACGGCACCUAAAUCACCACCGUCACGCACUGGUCAAUUCGGCCGAAAGUGAAGAAGAUUACUCCCUGUCGGCAUCCCUAGAGGAACGAAAACUCUGAUUUGGCAAGCGAUUGUAAGCAGCAUACAUACGAGUGACCUCCAAUACCACCACUACCACCACCACCAGCAAAACGAUGACGACGACGUGUACCGGUUAGAGUAGCGGCAGUAGUGUUAGGGCGUUCAAGUUUUAGUUAUCGCUCAAAAAUUUGUUUUCCGUUGGUCGAAAACAACUCGUUUGAGUCAUGGCUGUUGUGAGUGAGAGUGAUUCAGAGUCCCUGAAACGUCCAGUAAUCAACUCUUCUUUUGUAAUGCUAUCAUCUAAAAAGAUAGCUUUUCAGAGACGUAAAAUUUGAAUCGAUUGAAGCUAAAAUCAAGCCAGAGCUUCGAACAAAAUCUAACAAUUAAAUUCUAAGCUUUAGACCGGAUCGGUGGUCAGAAAAAUAAAAUCGAAGAAAAUACCUACAUUUAGAAAAGCCCCAGAAUGCUGUUACGGGCAAUUUAGAGUCAAAUUAUUUUUUUCGAGUUCCUUCAUCAGUUAUGUAUUUUCCACGGUAUUUUAUUUCGUAAGAUAGUAUAGAUAUCUACAUUAAAACCGGUAAAGGUUGCUAACAUACAGAAACACUGAGGACUAGUUUCUCGAAAUGAGAUCACUUUACGCGACACGACUGAAUGAAUGGUUCAGAACAAUUCAAUACAUAAAAGAAAUUAACUUUAUUCACAAUUCGAUAUCUAAGCUAAAGGCUCUACAGAGCUCUGCAUUGUUUUUGUUUUCCUGAUCGAAGCCCGAUAACGGGCAGGAUCGAUUGAAUAAUAAUUAGAAUGUACUUAAAUUUCGGUAAAUCGGUUGAGUUGAGGCCUAUGUUACGGCUCUAAACUGACUUGAUACGGAUUAGCAGCAGUGAAUACACAUACAUACGAUAACUAUCCCUGCAAACAAACAAACAAACAAACACAAAACGCUUAGAUUUUUGCUCGGCGUGAGAACUCGCUAGGGUUCAGGCUUGUGUGCUCACGAACUCGUGACGAUGCAUGUUUAGAGUUAAGGAAUUUAUUUAUUUGUCCUGAAAAUAUAGUACGCUAGGUUGCAGUAAGGGAACAGUACGCGCAAGUAACAGCUUUAAUGAUUUAGUUUUAGGAGACUUCCAAGAUUACACAUUUUUUUUGUAUAUAAAGGAAAAUAGUCCACACACACAAACAUUUCUCGCUUAGUUGUAAAUUAUUUAUUAUUAUAUGACGUCACAAGACGUUUUCCUGCACGUUGCAUAUCAGUGCGGUGCAGUGUCCCAACAAUGAUUUGUAUAUAUUCAAAUGAUAAGUUUAAUUCAUUGAGUGUUUUCCUUGAAAUGCUAUUUUUUUAGCGUAACACAUUGUGGCAGUAGAUGUGAAUUAUUCUCCAAUAUACUCGUAAGCUUUUUGUGUAGUUUAUACGUAUGAUCGUAAUAAAAUAUUAACUAAGAA